AUGGUCCACGUUGAAGAGUCUUUGCAGCUGCCUCGUGACUUUGAAGGAUUUGGAGAAUUUGGACAUGAUGCACAAUGGCCAAAUGGUGCGCGGAUUGCCGUGUCCUUUGUUUUAAAUUAUGAAGAGGGCGGAGAACGAAAUCCUCUCGAUGGAGACAAGACCAGUGAGGAGUAUCUCUGGGAGAAGGGCCCAUCAGGUGGCGGUAGAGAGUACCGUCACUUGAACGGUGAGCAAGACUUUGAGUAUGGUAGCCGCUGUGGUGCAUGGCGCAUACAUCGUCUGAUGAAAGAGUUUGGAUGGAACAUGACUCUCUGGGCGAUUGCCGUAGCGAUGGAAAGGAAUCCUACCUUUGCCAAAGCAUGCGUAAGAGACGGCCAUGAGAUAGGCGCACACGGAUACAGAUGGCUCGAUAUCUGGGAUUAUUCUUUAGAAGAAGACAAGGCGUACAUCAAGAAGACUUGCCAAGCGUUAGAGGCAGCAACGGGGGAAUUUCCGGUGGGCGCGUACUUCGGACGCGGUACACCGAAUACGGCAAAUCUGCUGCCCAUCAUGUGGAAGGAGAUGGGCCAUAAGAUGCUUUACACUUCGGAAGUGUAUAACGAAGAUUCGCCGUACUGGAUAGACCUCCCGUGGGAAAAGGAAUUACCCGACGAGGAGAAGGAAGGCCUGCUUCUGGUUCCGUAUAACUACGACUGCAACGAUGGAAAAUUUCACAUGCUCCCUGGUUUCGUCAGCAGUGCCGGAAACACUUACUUUGAGUACUUAAAGGACACAUUUGAUUGUCUUUACCGGGAAGGGGGCAAGAUGAUGACGAUACCCCUUCAUUCUCGAAUUGCUGGCAAGCCUGGACGUUCAGAAGGCCUUCGAAAGUUCAUGCAAUACAUAUCAGAAAAGGAAGGUGUCUGGGUCGCAACACGAAGAGACAUUGCGAAACAUUACCGCUCGACAUUUCCUUACCGCCCCGGCUCCAAGACUGGAGGGCAGUAAACACGAUGAGCAUUUUAUAUUGAGAUACUCACAUAUCAGGAAUACUGUCUCUCUGUGAUUGUGAGUGGC